AUGAAUAUUACAAUAUUAACAAAUAUUCAAAAUGAAUAUUCACCCUACCUUCAUGUGAUUCUUACUAUUACGUUUAUACUUAUUCUUAUUAUUGGCUUAUUUGGUAAUACACUUGUUUUAUUAUCAGUUAUGAGUAAUCAUUUAAAAAUUCGUCGUUCAUCUACAAAUCUUCUUCUUGUUAAUAUGUCAUGUGCUGAUUUAAUAAUUCUUAUUUUUAAUAUAUUCGAUAUUGUACAAUUUAUACUUGAUUCAUUUUGGCCAACGGCUUGGUAUCUUGGUUUAUCACUAUGUAAAAUAGUUCGUUUUGGUCAAGUAUUAGGUUGUUAUGUUAGUGUACAAACAUUACUUGUGAUUAGUAUUGAAAGGUAUAUUUCAAUAGUUAGUCCAAUUAAAAUCUCGCAGAUGAAUCGUCGUAAACGUCUUUAUAUCGUAUUUAUUUUCAUUUGGUCAUUAGGAUUUUUUUCAGCAUUACCAAAUCUUUAUUUACUUAAAUUACAUCCAUUUUAUAAUCGUCCAACAUAUUAUAUAUGUGGUUUAUCUGAUCAUCGUACACAUUCACAUUUAAUUACAUUUUAUAAAUAUAUUGAAUCGAUUUUAUUCUUCUUUUUACCAGCAUUUAUACAAACAAUUCUUUAUAUAAUUAUUUGCCAUAAAAUCUUUUUGGUUGAUCGUGUUGUACAAGCAGAUUGUCAUGCUCGACAAUUACAAGAAAGUAUAAGAAGUGAUACUCUUCAACAAUGUUCUGAUUCAAAAUUAAGUUCUUCAUUUCCAUCACCAUUGAAUGUAACAGCAUCAACGAUGAUAUCACCACGUUCACGAACUCAUGUUUCAUCAUCAACAACUAAUCAUGGAAAUAAAACACGUAAAAAAGCUGUGAUUAUGUUAGUAUUUAUUGCCAUAUUUUAUUUUAUUGCAUUUUCACCAGCACAAAUUAAUUUUAUUUAUACACAAAUAACUCAUUCACAUCAUCUUUAUGAAUAUCGUUUAUUUUUUAUCGUAACAAUUCUAUUGGCAUUAUCAUCAACAGCUUUUAAUCCAAUUUUAUUUUAUAUAUUUACGAAAUUUUUUCAACAUAAAUUCAAUAUUUUAUUACGUCGUAUGUGUACAUCAUGUCGUUCAUCAUCAUCAACAAGGCGUCAGAAUAAUAUUCCAAUGAUUUAA